AGCAGGAAGGCUCGCAAAAUACAGGUACGCCCUUACUGGACGUACUCAACUCGCCUCCGCCUGUGUCAGUGCCCGCGCCAGCGUGCGUGUCGACGAACAUGGAGUUCGUCGUGCGCACUACGGACCAUGAAGAUGGCACCUCCGCCCCCAGGGACGACUGCGAAGUCGUACCCAAUGUCCCGCACGGCAGUGCAUCCGUGCUGCGGGACGACCUCGCGGUCGUCCCACUCAUCUCGCAAUACGACAUGGCGGACGUGCAGUACUGCACGUCCGACGUGCCUCACCAUCCCACGACCGGAUGUCGAGUAGCGGGUACGCCCCAGAUGGACGUACCCACCUCGACACUUCAUCCCUUGCCCGCGCCCAUACCAACAAGCGUAGCGACGAACGUGAAGUUCGUCGUACGCAUGGCUGGCCAAGAGGACGGCAUGUUCACGCUGCCGGACGACCUAUUGGUCGUGCUUUCCGAUACGCAAGGCCGCGCGCCAGUAUUAGAGGACGACCGCGAGGUCGUACAUUUCAAUGCGCAAGGCGGCAUGAUGGAUCAGCAGCGAUGCAGGUCAGAGAUGCCCCAUCCAGCGUCGACCGUCCGUUGUGCAGCGCGUACGUCUAGCCUGCCGCUAGACGUACACGGGGCUUAUGACCACCCCUCGUCGAUUGCCCCUGACUUCUUGUCUGGCAGCUAUAUCGCUCGUCCACCCACAACGCAACACGGCCUGCACGUCCUCACGGAACUGGCAGAGUCGUGGGUUCACCUCGACGACAGAUCCAGCAGCCCCCAAUCGCGCGCGGCCGCAUUCCGGGAAGACUUGUACUCCCAACCGGAAGUGCGAGCCCCCGGUAGCGUCAAGACAGCUGAACACCUCGCUGUUCAACUGACAGGCCCGCAAUACGACCUUGACCUGCUCGACGAAGUGUUGGACCUCAAUCCCGACUUGUUGAGCAGUCACCACCGUCUUCGCGACCCCGGCGCCUCUGCGAGUGCGCAGCCCGACGCUUGCGUAGCCCCAACGAACACGCGAGUUCGGGAUUGCGAGGCGACUACUGCACUACCGACAGUGCAGCAGCCGGCGCUUACGGACUCCGACCGACCAGAACGGCUGUCCGACCGUCAACCCGACGAGAACUUCACAGUUCUCAUCGAGGGUUCGAUCCUAGGGACCCCUACCAAACUCCCCAUCACCUCCUUCGCGGCCCCCGACAUCGGUGGCGACUACGAGAGGCGUCACGAGUCGGAGCUCGUGCACGCACCCCGAAGAUCGAGUGCAGGACGGACGGAGGAUCAGGGCGGGGUCGAGGUGGAGGUGGAGGAGAUUGCAGAGGCAGGAGAGGCAGAGGAGGAAGGUCAGACAGAAGGAAGAGAGGGGGAAGGGCACGGCGUAGGCAAGGAAGACAAGCUUCCGUGCUCGGAAGACAAAAGUACGCCCGUACUGGACGUACCUCCCCCGCUUAUAUCGCCACCCCUUACACCGUCAUCACCACUAUCGACGGCCACGACAACCACACUGGUUGUCGUGGCAAUCACCGUGCACAAUGGUGGUACGGGCAGACCACGGGGCGACCUACAGGUUGCUCCCGGCACGGCUAGGCAUUGCGGUACGAUCGGCGAGCGAGUCUGCUCGUCCGAUGUAUCCGACAUCUUCACAGCUCACGCGCAGACGACGAGUUCCUCGCUCGACAUCUACGCUGAGGUGCUUAGCAGUGGAUCAAACAACGAGUACCUCAAGGUACUCGCUGCGCAUUCACCACCUCCUAUCCCACUACCACCACCUGUGACGAUCACGACAAUCAACGUGGUUGUCGUGGCAGUCACCACGUAUGACGGUGCUGCACCCGGCAUGACGAUGCAUCGCGGUACAAUCGCCCACGCGCAGACGUUGGGCUUCCCCGUCGACGUCCACGAUGAGGAAGUUGACGGUGAUUCGAGAAGCGAGUACCUCGUGGUACUCGUGCCAGUAUCAUUACCCUGCAUUCCGAUACCACCACCGAUUGGUCACAUCCAUGCUGAGCUCGCUGGCGAAUGCGAGUACAUUACAGCUCGGGUUGCGACCACCCUCACUGGUCCCAUCACCAUCAUCCAUGAUGUAUCUGGAGAAUUCACAAUUUCCUCUUUCUUUGUUUCUCUGGUUAUCUCUGGGACCCGUGGUCGUGUCCAGUGGGGG